AUGAUGCACCAGAGGAUACCGGCGAUGGCGCCCCUCGAAGCAGCUAUAACUUUGCCCCAGGAUAUCACGGUGUUGUUUACCGUGCUAGCACAUCUGAUCAAAACACCACACGAGAAGAUGAACAAGGUGAGAAGCAGAACGACGCCGCUCAGGAUCCCAAGGACCCAAAGGACUAUAUCAAGUACAAGCUCCAGUCAAUGA